CCACACACCCCGGCAGCCUCAGCACCAGCGAGUUUCAGGGAGGAAGCACUGGGAUUCUGUGAACUUUCUUCUAAGCAUCCUUUCUCUGAUUCCUCUUGAGUAAAAGAAGGGGAGCUGCACGGGGACCACAGGACGGGAAACCGCAGAGGACGCUGACCCGAGAUCCAGGAGGCUCGUCAGAGGAGCGGGGAGGCGAAGAGCCGGGAGGCGAUCGGUUCUCCUGAAGCAGCGAGCGGGGAUUCCAGGAUGAGGGCGGGAGACCCGUGACUGCCGCAGACUGAUGGCCGUGUUCCAAGGGGGACAGAGGAAUUCUGCCUCUGCCUGCUGAACACGGAGCCCAGCUGGGGGAGGCACUGGCUUGGAGAAGGUGCCAGAGCUCUCCUACCUGACGCCCCCAUCCUGCACCUCUGGGACACAUGGCUCUUUCCAGCCUCAGCGGCCAGCAGUGGGUGUCACCUGGGGUCCUCCCCUCCCUGGGGAAAGAAGAGCCUCCGUGGGGGAUUCAGUAGACACCAAGGCUGAGACUCAGACUUUCAGGAAGCCCAUGGAGACCCACGGCCCCCUGGGCUCCCUUCCCCAAACGCCUACCCCAGGACCCCCUUGGACUCAAGCCCACUGGGUCACCAGAAGAAGUGGCCUCUGAGACCUCAAAUGCUGGAGCCCCAGAUGCAGCCCUGGCCUCCUAAUUAGUCCGAGACUUGGGAUAGGACUUAGGGUUUUCCAGACAUGCCAAGACCUUUAAAAGGCACCUUUCAUGUCCUUCACCCACCCUCCUCACCUCUCAAACACAGGACAGAGAGGAGGCACCCAGCAGUCAUGGGUGAAAGGGUCACAGAGGACCUGUAGGGGCCCUUCCACGACCUGCUGGCAGCUGGUCCAGCCCCAUCCUCGACUCCUUCCUGUCUCAAGUUUUGAUCAUCUUUUCAGACUCUGGGGAACCUCAGCUGGGUUUCUUCACCCCCUUGGCUCCAAAGGAGACUUCCUGUGGAUCUCGCUUAGGGGGGACUCAGGUGCCCAGAGACUCCGGGGCAGGCUUGAGCACGAUACCACGUGCUCAGAAGCCCCACCUUCCAGGGCUCUGGCCCCUGAAGUAGCUGCCUUUCUCAGCCACUGCCUCUUGAUUCCAUGGACGCAGCCCCAGCCCUGAUGGGCUCCCUUCAGCACCGCUGCUGCCAGUUGCCUACGAUGGGUGACACCUGGUCCCAGCUGCCCUGGCCUGGGCCUCCCUGCCCAGUGGUGCUGCUGGUCUCCAUCCUUUUGGCAGCUGGGGUGAUGCACUCAGAUGCCGGCACCAGCUGCCCGGUCCUCUGCACAUGCCAUAACCAGGUGGUGGACUGCAGCAGCCAACGGCUCUUCUCGGUGCCCCCAGACCUGCCAAUGGACACGCGCAACCUCAGCCUGGCCCACAACCGUAUCGCAGCCCUGCCGCCCGGCUACCUCACGUGCUACGUGGAGCUCUGGGUGCUGGAUUUGCGCAACAACUCCUUGCUGGGGCUGCCCCCGGGCCUCUUCCUCCACGCCAAGCGCUUGGCACACCUGGACCUGAGCUACAACAACCUCAGCCACGUGCCAGCUGACAUGUUCCAGGAAGCCCAUGGCCUCGUGCACAUUGACCUGAGCCACAACCCGUGGCUGCGGAGAGUGCACCCCCAGGCCUUCCAGGGCCUGGUGCAUCUCCGUGACCUGGACCUCAGCUACGGUGGCCUGGCCUUCCUCAGCCUCGAGGCGCUCGAGGGCCUGCCGGGACUGGUGACCCUGCAGAUCGGCGGCAACCCCUGGGUGUGCGGCUGUGCCAUGGAGCCCCUGCUGAAGUGGCUGCAGAACAGGAUCCAGCGCUGCACGGCGGAUUCUCAGAUGGCUGAGUGCCGAGGCCCCCCUGAAGUUGAGGGUGCCCCACUCUUCUCCCUCACCGAGGAGAGCUUCAAGGCCUGCCACCUGACCCUGACCCUGGAUGAUUACCUCUUCAUCGCUUUUGUGGGCUUCGUGGUCUCCAUCGCCUCCGUGGCCACCAACUUCCUCCUAGGCAUCACAGCCAACUGCUGUCACCGCUGGAGCAAGGCCAGCGAAGAGGAAGAGAUAUGAUGUGGAUGCCUGGCAUCCCUCCAUGCUGCCAGCCACUGCCAAUUGCCAACUCCCGGACACCCUCCCUGGAUGCCCACUCUGGCUCCAUGGUGCCCUGGCCACCUCUGUCAUGGUCCCAGCAAGGUCAGGAAACCACCUUUGUGUGAGCUCCUGCUGUGGGCCAGGCACUGUGCUAGGAACUGGGAAUGUUAGCGGAAUCCGACCUGGCACCUAUCUGAGCACAUCAUUACAGAAGCCCAGAGGAGGGGUCAUCAGCCAUGCCUGGAAAAAUCCAAGAGAAUCACAAGAGUAGGGCUGAUUGGUGAGCUGAGUCACCAACAAAUGUCCGCUUUGUCAAGUAGACAGAGAAGGGCGGACAUAAGCAAAUGACAGAGCCCAGAUGUGCAUAGUGUAUUGAGAGCGGUAACAGUCUCUUGUGACGUAAAUAUACAGAGUAAGAGUGGCGCAGGCCCAAACCCUUCCUUCAGACCCCCAAUCUGUCCAUCUGUCAGCCCUUGGCAGUGCCCACCCUUGCUUCCAGAGGGAGAGAAGGUCUCCAUACCAGCCCCCUCGGCCUCCUUCUACAGCAGCUACCAGGUGAGACCACCUGCCAUUGUCUCCCCCCACCAUGCUGCAUCACCAAUUGUAGCCUGCUGGCGAGGUCCCAGGGGGUAAGCUGAGGCUGGACACCUUCAGUGCCCUUUCUCCCACCCCCACCUGCUGCCUCUCACUGCAUUAGCUUCAGAAGAGGGAAGCAGGAGGCCCAGCAGAGGGGCGGCAAGAGUCCUGGCACCCUGCGACUCCUCCUCAUCUCGUGACUUGGCUGCCACGGUGCUUCUGCCAAGGGAUUGCAGGAGGGAAGCACACUGUGAACUACAGCCCUGUAGCAUGAGAGUACCCAGGGCUGAUGGAGGAGAGGGCCCCACCACUGGGACUGUAAGAGGACUUGCUCUUUCUUCUAGGCAAUUCACCUGUUUGAGCAUAAGGGUGUGAGAGCUGUUAACUUCCAAGCACUUGCCAGUGCUGGGCACUGUGAUAAGCUCUCUCCAUGGACAAUUCCCUUUACUGCACACAGCAGUCUUUGAAGGUGAGCACUGUUGUUCCUAUUCUACAGAUGAGGAAAUUAAGGCUCCAAGCAGUUGAAGCCGCAGGCUGCUUAAUGAGCAAAAUAAAGCCUGUGCUCUCUCUACUACCCUAUCCUCAUUGGGGAACAUCGUCGUUCCCGCUAAAGUUAUACAAGUUCACUUUCAAGGAGUGCUGACGAGGCUCCUAAUAAGGGCCAGGAACUCUUCUAGGCACUUUUUAAUCUAUUGAUUCAUUUAUUUCAAUUCUCACAGCAACACUGCCUGGUGGUUUCUGUUAUUCCCAUUUUACAAAUGAAUGAAUUGUAGAAAGCUGAGAACAUUACCCAAGGUUACCUGGAUAACUCUACAUGGAAGAUGAUAGGCAGCUCCAUCCGGGGACACUGCAUCCACCCGGUUAGUCAAAAACCCAGUAACUUCAUGUGCCACAGCCAGUUGUCAUCAUCACCGUCAUCUUCAUCGUCAUCCGUUCAUGAGCUUCAUCUUAAUCUUCCCUGUGUCUGUUCAGCACUGAACAUUUUGUGAAAUGCUUUUGCAUCAUUCCCCUUGACUUUCCACAACAACCCCAUGUGGGAGGUAAAAGAACAUCAUGACUCCCAUUUACAGAUUGGAAAAUAGAGACUCGGCAGCAGGUGUGACUUGCCUAACCAGCAGUGUUGGGACUUAACUCCAACUCGUUCUUUUUUCUAAUGUUUUUCCAGGCACCUGGGGAAGAGAAUGCCUGGGACUGGGUAGUGGGGCCCCAGGAUUCAGCAGCCAUGAACGCCCUAGUAGAUCAGCUAAAUAAAGGGCAAUGAAACCCAGCUGCUGUACGGGUUUAGACAUGUUCACCGUAGGCAAACUGCAACCUCUGCAACACAGAGGCAGUGCAGAUAACAUCUGCAUAGGAGUCACCUGCCUUGCAAUGUGUAACUAAUGCAUUAGAACUGGUGGCCAUGGUGGCUGUCAGGCAAACAGUAAGUUCUUUCGGAAAGAAGAGGAAGCUGUGUUAACCUACUCAAGCCCUGCUGUGUUGUGCUAUAAGCGAUACAAAGGGUGCAGGAAGCUAUGAGCUGAGAGCCCCUGCAGGAUAGGUGAAGACUUUAAGGUACAGUCCAAGGUGUUGGCAAGGCUGGCCAGGAAGACAGUAAGGAAAGGGGCUUUCUACCUUGCCCCCAGCUCCACAAGCUUGCAUCAUCCCAUCCUCCUAAGGAAUGAAGGAGAAAAACAUGUCAUUUUCCAAGAAGUCUUCCUUUAUUCGCGCUUCCCUGAGCUAGUCGACCAAAAGAGUGUCCAGAAACUUUGCUAGACCUGGGGUAUAUGAACUUUGUGUCCCCUGUCUCUCACUUAUAACAUCCGGGCCAGAGCCCUGCUCCUGUGACAUCUGGAGCAGAGCUGUACCUGCUUUCUCCUUCCUCUGUGUCCAGGGACCGGCAGACAGGGGCUGCCCUCCACCAGCCAGCAGACAGUUUAAAGUAUCUGGGGAGGAACUUUUAGAAGUAACAGUCCUGAUAAAAAUAGUUAAGUCUCCCAUAGAGGGACACCAUAUACAUCUAUGAUAAUCUCCUAGAGACUCUUUGCUGAACUAUAGUUAAUAUAUUUUAGUAUAACAUAUGUACUUUUUUUUUACAUAGAAUUAGAAACCAACAAGAUACCAAAUACCCCUUGAGAUCAAAUAUCCUUUCUAAUGAGAAUAUUUAGUCCCCACUAGUGGCAACCCUGUCUGAGUAUGACAUAUAGCUUUUAAAGAAAAGGUUCUUGUCCAGCUGCUAGAAGGCCCCCAGCUAACUAAAGCACAAUGAGGAAACCUUCCUACAGCCGAGAAAUUCCUUUUCUCCCUGCCUUCCACCACCAGCGUCUUGUGCAGGCUCUCAGAAGCAAGCUUCUACCGGCACGCUGCUAGAGGUCAUCUAGCAGUCCUGGUUGGAACUGUUCCCACAAUUCUGCUGAUCAAGAACUCAUGGUGGUGUUCCUAUAAGGGCUUCAUUAAGUUCUUUCCAGGCUGGUUAACAUGUAAGUCUUGGGGUGUCUCUGAGUCCAUGUGUCUGUUCAUGAGGUUCCAUGUAUGUCAGGUGUCUACUGAUACAGGACUUGAGUUCAGUUCUCUGAUACAGUCUACUCAGCCAUCUGUUUAUUGCAUCACUUGACAGCUAAGAUGGAAUACGAUUAGGGCUGGGCAGGCAUAGCUGCUCAGAAAAUACAAGGAGAAAAAUACAUGGCUGAGGCAGCCUAAUGACAACCUGACUGCUUCCUUCCAUUCUCCAACCGUCAGGUAUUUGCCCAAAUCAUAGAAGCUUCCUUCACACUGGGCCUGAGCAUAUCAAUGUUUAGCUAAGCAACAGGGCCCUGAGAGUCAAGGUCUGGGCCAAGAACAUGUGUAACUCCAUGUCUGCAUCACACCACACUAGACCGAUUGCUUCUGGUCCCCCUCAGACAAACCUGACCCUGUUUCUCCAUUCCUGUAGAAAAUUUCAUGGAACCCUGCAGAAAUAGGUCCCUAGAGUCGCUAUAGAGUUUGCUGGCUCCUUUCAAGGAGGUUGGUAUAUGGAAUUCGAACAGACCAAGACAGGUAUUUCUUUUCAGCCACCAGGAAAGACCUACAGCCCCCAUUUUCCCUGUAGAUGUUUUUGUUGAUAUCACUCUGACAUCCUUUCCAGCUUUAGAAGAGUUACGGAGACACCGUUGUCCAUUCCUCAGAAGAACAUCUUCCCAAAGCUUGUCUCUCUCUCCCCACCAGAAGGAGGCAAAAGGCAAGUGAGGGAGGCGUGUUGCAAGGGCCUGUGUAAAUCACCACCAUGUCUGCCACAGCACUAGGGGGAGAGCUGUGGGUGCUCAGAGCGCUGUUUUUCUAAUGCUGUCCCAUGGAAUGCUGAUGU